AUGACAGUGAUCAUGGCGAAACAACAUAAACGUGGCAAGAAGGGCAACACAGACAGUGCUCACAAUCGAAAUCCCAGUGGAAACAACCAACACUGGAAGAGUGAUGAACAGGAAGCUGUGAUUGCCCAAGCGCUCAAGGAUUAUCAUCGGCAGGGGAUUACGUGCAACCGGACCAUUGCAAAGCUUCUUGAGAAAGAAGUCGACGUCACCAUGUGUGUGAAAACCGUUCAGAGACGGCUCAACAAGCUGGGCUUGUUUGCUGCCAAGGGCACUAUGGUACGGAUCAACGAAGCCGAAGCCCUCCAACUCGUUGUCAACGAGUUGGACCGCGACUCCUCCAAGCAUCUUGGAGUGAAGUCAAUUCGAGAGAAGAUCAUUCACAAUGCCGACACCAUUCUCUCGAAGGCGUUUGCCGUGCACAUGAUGCACCUCCACGACCCAGACAGCUUUGAGUUACUGGACCCGACUGCAAAGAAGAUCUAUCGCACUGCAAAGUAUCCGCUGGGAAUCAAUCACUGGUGGGCCGCCAAUGGUCACGAUAAGCUGUACAGAAUCGGUUUCCCCAUAUACGCAUUUGUCAACGAUGCGACCAGCAAGAUACUAGGAGCUUGGGUUGUUCCAAGUAACUGGAUCAAGGACGCUGUGGCCUACCUCUACCUGUCCAUGGUAGAGAGGUACAAAGUCGUCCUCCACUAUCGCAGUGAAGGGUUCAUAUCAAGCAAACAGCACCAGGCCACGGGUAACGUUGAGCCCGACCCAAGCCUUACGCAAAAGAACCUUUCCUCGGGUGCUUGUACAGCACACGAAUCCACCAUUUCGUACCGAUUCCCAUCGUCGUCUGGGAGUCCAUCCCCUCCCCCCAUCGUACCAUCGUCGCCCGAUCUGGCGCAUCAAAACCAACCCGGGCCCUCCGACCCCUACCUCGCCCUCCCACCGCCUGAAGACGAGAUCCCCGACCUCGACGAACUGCCCUCCGAACAACCACCCUCGCCUCCACCUCACACGCCUGCCCCUACCAUGUCAGGGCAUCACCGCAUCACCCUCGCCGCCAACCCCCCCUACUUCGAUGGCGACAAGUCCAAAUACCUGGGCUUUGUGGACGCGUGCACCACUUACAUCGGUGCCUAUCGAUCGGAGUUCUCACAAGAUGAGACCAAAAUCCUCUUUGUCCUCUCCUACCUCCGUAACGAGAACGGCACGAGCUGCGCUGCCUCGAGAUGGGCGAUGAACUGGAAGCAGCACAACUUCGAUGGCUUCCAGGGACUGAAGGCAGGAGUCACAUCAAAGAACUUCCUGGAGGAGUUUCAGAGGGCGUUCGGGGACUCCAAUGCGGAACAAGUCGCCGCUGCUCGGCUUAUGGCCCUGCGUCAAAACAAACGGUCCUUCGCGGACUACAUCUCCGACUUUGAGAUGUUGGCCGCGGAUGCAGGCUACAAUGUGGUUGACACCACCGACGACAAAGGCGAAUACAAGAAGGGGGACCAGGAUAAUAUCCUCAUCGAGUUCCUGGAGCGCGGACUCAGCAGCGAGAUCGCCAGCCGUCUCUACAACACCGGUGUCCCUCUGCCCAAGGCCUAUGGAGCGUUCAAAGCCUGGUGCAUCAACAUCGAAGCCAAUGCUCUGCGUGACCAGCUGCGCAAAGCGUCGUAUGGGCACCCCACACAACGACCACCUCCCCAGUUCCGUCCCCAAACGGCACCAGUGGCGCCCACACCCGCUCCGGCCCGACCCGCUGCCAACGAACCGGUUCCGAUGGAAAUCGAUCGUACCCACGCCCGCGGCCGCAAUAUCAUCUGCUACAACUGUCAACAGCCUGGGCACAUUGCGCGGAACUGUCCGGAGCCAAGGAAGAAGCGCACAUUCUUCAAUCGGGCCACGAUGCUGGAAGAGAUCGAGAACGGGGACAAGGACAACGAGUUCCUCAAGGAGAUCGCUGAGAAGCUGCGCGAGAAGGGUUUUUGA